ACACACUCACGCACAUAUAUGGUGACUUCUAUCAUAUCGUGGGUAAAAUCUAGGGUACGACAUACCCUUAGUAAGAAAAUGCUAUCUAAACCUCGAAUUAACCGGAUUUUGAGGUAUUAUACUAUACCCUAACCCUGGAUGUUAUAUAAACCAUAGACCUUAAACCCUAGGAGUGUGCAUGUAAUUUGUUGCAAAUGUUUCGACUAAUUAUGACCAUCGAUUUUUGUUUCUAGUUAAAUUGAUCUUAGUGUAUGAUUUUGUUAGAAUUAAGGCCUAGAUUUUAAUCUAUAAGGAUUAGGGUAUACUACCACAUUGCAAAAUUUGGUUAAUUCGAGGUCUAGAUAGCAUUUUCUACUUUUCUUACUCAAGGUAUGUUAUACCUUGAUUUUAGUCAAGGUACGAUAGAACCAUCCAUAUAUAUAUAGUUCAAGCUAGUGUGCACUAUACUUUUUCAUUCACACUACCAUACGACCAUUAACUUUUACUAUUUAGACCCCGAAUUAAUCGGAGUUUUUUGGGGCAUGAUAUUAUACCUAAACUCUAAUAGGUGAACUCCAGUCCCUAAUUCUCUUAUUUCUAAUUUAUGCACAUACUUUAGCAUACCUAUCUUCUAUCGUAUUUUGAGUAAAAUCAAAAGUAUAAUAUACCUUGAGAUUAUAUAUGUGUGUGUAUAUAUAUAGUAGGCUCAAAAUUAUCCAGAUACUUUGCCAGACCUAUCUUAUAUCGCCUAAUACUCAUAUUAAAAGUGCUACUUGCCUAUCCCCCACCCCCGGGAUAGAGAUCCUGCUUUUACCCCCAUAACGUCAAACAACCAUUGGGGUUGUCUAUCGUUCCAUAUGUAAUAUAUAAAGAGGCAAUAUCGAAGGAUUUCAUUUGAUUAUUUGCAUUAACUUAUUAUCUUAUACAACAUAUAUCAAUUUGUGAUUUUCGAGUUUGGACGAACUGACAACCAAUUUUGAGAGUUGAGAUUAUUGGAUAAAGAUACUUGAUUGCUGGAUAAAUAUGUUUAUCCCAAUUGACUAUCUUACUAAAAAUUGCCAACCUUUAUUUGGUAAAUGCCUAGGUUCGUAGUUGAUGAAACGUAAUGUUUAUCGUAUAUUCUCAUGAAAGAUUUUUCUAACCUUCACAUAUGUAUUUUUCAAUGAAUCUUGUGUCUCAUCCUAGGGUAUGAAGUCAAAGUUCGUCAACAAUCAUACCUAAGUCAUUUUGAAAUUUUUUAUUUAUAAUCGUGGACGAUAACUCCAAGUCUGAAAGAAAAUUUCUUAGCAUACGACUUAGGAUCUCAAUAGAGCUUUGAUCAAUCAACAUGAUAUAGAAAAACUAUUGUUAAUGUGAACUUAGGACACAUUAUAAAAUUAUUGCAAAUGUGAUCCCUCUUCAUUUGAGGAGUUUAAGGUAGAACAUGAACUGAAUGAAUAAGAAGUCUUUUUUAAAUAAAUAAUUGUAACUACUCGAUCAAAAUUACAUUCUGACAUUUUGCUAAUAAUACUUGUUUUAUUUUAUAGGCAUAUACUUUAUGAAUAAGAGAGUGUUUCAUUGCAACAAAAUAUAGAGUAAUAUAAUUUAUUUUUCAAAGGUAAUUGAAUGUCAAAUGUUUAUUUUCUCUCUUUUCAUAUAUAUUUUGUUUAAUCAAUAAAAAAAUUAUUGUUUAUGCGUAUGUUUGUUUAUUUUUUUCAUCAAAAUGUAACUUAUCAUUCAAUUUUAGUACAAAUGAGUAAAAAUUUUACUUCGUAAGGAUUAAUUAGAUAUUUUUUAUUUUAAAAAAUGUGAUAUAUGUCAUUCUCUGUUUUAUUAUUUAUAUUUUGUUACUUGAAAAAAAUUUAUUAUUUAUGUGUGUUUGGUUAAGUUUAUCAACAUGUAACUUAUUAUCAAAGCAAAAAAAAAAUAAAAAUAAAAAAUAAAAAAAUGAAAAAAUUUGGAUAAAAGAAAUGAAAAUAUUAAAGAAGAGAGAGGUAGCUCCAUAAAUACAUUAAUAACUAUUUUUUUGUUUGUAAAAAAGUUGUCAAACUUGGCAAAUUGUGGAUCCUCCAAGUGCUUAUGUGGCAAGAGAAUACUUUUGAAUUGUCAUAAUAGAUAGUAUAGAUAUAGAUAUAGAUAGAUAGAUAGAUGGCUACAAUUAUUUCCUGAUGGGCGGGUGCUUCAUCUUGAUAGAUCAAGAUCGGACCAUCGGCCAAUUAUUUGUGACACAAUGGGGAGCGGAGGACGAGGAACUUAAGUGAGGGUGGAGUUUCCGGUUUGAGCCUCCCUGGGUGAGACAUGAAGAAUGCAAAAAAAAAAAAUGUUGAGAAAGCAUGGCUUGGUCAGGGUGGAGUUAACACGUUGGAAAAAAUAAACAGCUGUAGCAGGAAGUUGAACGAGUGGAGCAGAAGGGUUUUUCCAAAGUUUUGUGUGCAGCGUGAAAAUUCAGCGAGCAAUGAAGGUGUUGGAUAGCUCUACCAGCUCUCCUAGUGUUCUUGAUCAAAAGCAAAAACUUGAAGAGGAACUGGCCGAGCUGGAGGAGAAUGAGGAAAACUAUUGGAAGCAAAUAUCGCGAGCGGACUGGUUGACUGGGGGUGACAAAAAUACAAAUUUCUUUCAUAGGAAGGCCACUGCUCGAUGGAAAAGGAAUACGAUAUGGAAGCUUCGGGACGAUUUGGGCAGGUGGUAUGUUGGGCAGGAUCAGGUCUUUGACUGCAUGUACACUUACUAUAGCAAGCUGUUUACCGCUAGAGUACCACCAGAAUCAACUUUGGAGAUGAACUCAGUUCAGCGUUAGUAAACCAAGAAGAUAAUGAUAGUUUGCUGCGAGAGGUGGAGAAGGAGGAAGUAUUUCGUGCUCUUAAGCAAAUGGGACAAAGGAAGGCCCCUGAGGCCGAUGGUAUGUCAGUUUUUUUCUUCAAGAGGCAUUGGGGGUAUAAUGGGGGAUGAUGUGGCUCAAACAGUAAAGGAGAUUAUUGAAUAGAGGUGUAUUCCAGAAGGGCUGAGCCACACCCUCAUUGCGUUGAUCCCGAAGGUGAAGGCGUCGGUCAGUCCUAAGGAAUAUAGACCGAUUAGCCUGUGUAACACACUCUAUAAAUUGGUGGAAAAGGU